AUGGCGGGUCUUCGAUUUGCUCCCCCGAGGUAUGCAUUUUCCAAUCAGAUUUGGUCUUUACUUCGUGCUACCCCGAACUCGAGCCCGGGGUUCCAUUCAGACCUCGAAAUCAAGCUCUCUGCUUUUGACCAUGGUGAGGACACGUACGGUGGACGUUCCAGACCUGGGAAACGCUGCUCCCCUCGUUGCUGGAGGCUAAGGCAGAGGCCAGGGAGGGCACCGGCCCGAGGUAGGGGACGAGGGUGUCCGAGAGCUGCCCCAGUUGCACCACCGGCGGAACCAGUAGGGGAUCCCAUUAUCGAGGAGCAGGGCGAGACUCGGGGUACACUACCCGCGGGCGGUGCCCAGCCAGUUUCAGUAGUGACACCUGAGCCCAGACCAGUUGCGGACGCACCACCACCUCCUCAAGGUGCUCCAGUGAGGCCUUAUUUCAGUGCUAUGUCGGAGAUUUCUUACCGCCCACCAGCUAUUCAGGGUUCCUCCAGCGGGUAUUCUAGUCAUCAGGAUUCUUCCAGUGCCUACUUCAGUGCUAUACCAGAGACACCAACCGUCCGACCGCCUAGAGGUGGGGAACAGGUUGGUAGGGGUCGUCCUAGAGGUGGAGGCCAGUCAGGGGGAGUUCAGCCAGCUACCGUUCAGCCAGGCGGAGGCUAG